AUGGGGAGAACUUCGUCUUUGUCUCACUGCUCCUUUCUUCUCGCGACAAACGCGACGCAUCUCGCUACGAAUCAGGCUCGGGCUUGGACGCCUCCAAUCGUCCUCCUCUGUCUCCUCUUGUAUGUCUCCCCCGUGCCUUGCUGGAGCACGGGAAUCUCGCGCCUCUCCUCAGUUACCUUGUUUCUUCGUCAGCAACUCUCCGUCGUCUUUUCGCUUCCGCUUUGGCUGCCUUUCUUUCGUGCUCUGCAUCUUCUUCUCGCCUCCCCGCCUCUCUGGCUUAGCCUCCCCUCCUUACUUCCUUUUCCUCUCUCGCUUCAGGAACCGGCUGUCCUCGCUCUUCCUCUCUCAUCUCCUCACUCGCGCCGUGGACGCGAAGGUUCAAGACCCAGCUCGACCGUCUGCUUGUCGAUAUGGUCUCCUUUCCUUGUCUUUGACUGUCUUUCCUUCCUUCGUCUGUCUCGCCUGGUCUUCAUUCUCCUCUGCCUUCGUUUCCCCCCACUGGUGUUGGGCGGCCUCGUCCUCUACGCCCUGAGGAGAAAGCAAACUGCGAAAGCAACAACGCCUACCUUGUCACUCUUGUCGUUCUGGAUUUUUGCUCCACUUUCGCUCGGUAAAAAUGGGGAGUCUGACACGGUUUCGCUCUGCCGCGCUUCGGCUGUUCCUGCAUCCUGGUGGCCCUUCACCUUCUCCUUCCCCCCGCGCUCCUCUCCGUGCUCCCUUCCUGUUUUGUUUCCCUCUGCUCAGUCUCCUUCUUCCGCCUCUUCAAUUGCCUGUGACCCUGACCCACAGCGCUCUCCCGCUCCGGCUCUGCCGUGUACUUCUCUUUCUCUAGGAGACCGACAAGACACAGAUCCCGUCCCCUCGUGCUCCGUCUCCCCUUCCACGUCUUGGAUUCCGGUACACCCCAAACGUGAUCUCGCCCCCGGUUUCCUUCUCUGUUCGUUCUCGCUCUCUCGCUCGUCUGCGGUGCCUCGUCUUUCGGGCCAUCGCCCCUCGUUCGCUCCCCGCCGCCGUCGCACUUACCGGUCCCCUCACCCUCCCCGGCCUUCUGUUUCUCUCUCCGCUUUGUCUUCUGUUCCUUCUUCUUCUUUCUCUUCCUCGUUCUCCCCUUUCUCGUCUGCGUCGUAUGAUGGCCACGGACCUGUUUUCUCGGCGCCUCCCUUCCCCGUUUUUCUCCCUUCCUCUCUCCUCUCCAUUUCUUCGCCAACCCCGCCUCUCGGUCUUUUUUCGGCACUGAGCAGAGCAGACGCGCCGCUCGUCACCGGCCUCCCAGCGAGGGAGGGCGCGAGCGACGCAAAUUUAAAGGCCCGCGUGCCUCUCGGGGCUCAAAGCAACAGUGCUGGGGAAAGCCUGCAGGCUUUGCCCCUGUCUCCUCCCUCGCGCCCAACGGCGCACCCGCAGACUGCGGGGCGGCAAGCCUCGCCCUCUCGUGGGCCAUUCCAAGGCGCCUUCGAAGAGCGCGGGGCGCUGCGCCUGGGACCGGAGACGCAGCGCGGCGGCGACAGCCGGAGAGCGGAGGCUGCUGAGGGGCUGCCUUUUUCGCCCCCGCGAAACAGCGCAGGACCGCUGAGGCUUCGACCGUCAGGCGAGAAUCCGGGCAUCCUCGACGAAGUCAGAAAGCCCAAGGGAAGACGGCGAAGCGCGCCCGCCUUAGACACGAACCUCGAGGUUGGAGCUGUGUAUGAGGCACUCGUCACCAACAUUGCGUCUGACCAACGGGCGUUUCUGCGUCUCGUGAAGCGCGUCUUGCCGUCUGAUGAGAUCCGCGGGGCGGCCGCGCAGGACGAAAGCGAGACAGGAGCUAUGCCAGGACGUGAUUGCCCCAAGUCUCGAAAUCUCAACGUGCCGGUGACUGUGCAUAUCUCAAGGAUUUCUCGGCGCCUCCGCGACAACGCCGACGGCGGCGCUUGGUCGAGACCGCCGGCGAUUGGCGAACUUCUUUCGCCUGCGUCCUCCGUCCUGGUCACGCCUCUCCCCCUCGGCUCAGAGUCGACCUUUGCAGCUAGCCACGUGUCCGGGAACCUUCUCCGGGAAGUAGCGGUUCUUGCGGAUGCCCAGGAGGCGCCUGCGGCUGUGGCGGAGGCACAGCCCCUCGACCGCAGAUUCAGGAGUCCGUUCGCUUCCUCGCUUUCGCUCCUUCCUGCCUCAGGGUCAGGACGAGAAGCGAGCGAGGGCGCGGGGCGCGUCGAACAGGAGCCGAGUCGGACCUUUGGGUUCAACGAGAAGUUCUGGCCGAGCGCCUCUGCGGCUUUCGGAUCUGCUGAUCGCCCGGCGCCGGGGUCCGCACGCAGCGCCGGCGACCGCGGAGACACAGACGCGCGCGACGAGCGGCGACAGUCCGAUACUCAAGCGCACGGGAGAAGAAGCGUGUCGGCGGGAGACGCCGCCUGUCUGCCGCUCGCCGUCGUCGGCUUAGAGGUCGCCGCGAGAGUUGUUCGCAUUGAGGAAGGCUACGCGAUCCUCAAACUCGCGUGUGCGUCGCCGCAGUCUGUAUCUCUCCCUGCAUCGGCGGAGGCAUACGGGCGAGCUCGAGAAGACACGCGCGCGGCAGCAGCUUCGGAGACGCCCUGGGGCUUCCUCCAUUGGUCGUCUGUUCGCUGGCCGGGAGACGCAAGUUCUGACGAGGCCCAGGACGGCGCCGAAGACCACGCAGCUAGACGCGUCAACAAACGACCGCAGACGCGCGUCGAUUUACGCCAGCUGAUGAUGCCCGGGGAGCUCGUGCGGGUGCGGCUCAAGGCUCCGCCCAGUGACACCUCUCCUCGCUGGCAAGUUCUCUACACUUGCCCUCCCUCUUCUCCUUCUUCUCCUUCUUCUUCUCCUUCUUCUUCUCCUUCUUCUUCUCCUUCCUCUCCUUCCUCUCCUUCUUCUUCUUCUCCUUCUUCUCCUUCUUCUUUUUCUGUCCCUAGUCCCGGCCUGGCAGAGGACGAAGCUUUGGGGCAGCUUGGUGUACGAAGGACGAACCACGAGGGCGAAGACCAAGCGGUCAUUGAAGAGAUUGUAAAGGACACGGAGCGAGAACCGGCGAGUGCCUUGUUCCUCUUAGACGAUGAAGCCGCCCCUGGUGACGCGUCGGUCGCCCAUUCGGGCCGAACUCGCCGGCGUGGCGGGUAUUCUCGGCAGCCUUCGAAGCCGCGCGAAGAAGACGAAAAGGCGUUUUUUCGGAGAGAGAGACAUCGCCCUCGGCGGCCAUCGUCCUCCCGAGACACAGACAUCUCUGGGGCCUUCCUCGAAGACGAGAUCUCGUCCUGGACGGCUGCGGCCGCUCCGGAGCACGCCUCGCCAACGCUGCGCGAUCGAGGCCUCUCGCCGCCGUCUGCUUCGGACAGUGGAGAGGCAGACCUGGAUGAAGAGCUGUGGCUCUUGAGAGAAGAAGCGAAACUCCUCGCGCGUCUCCGAGAGACCGGUACCGACUCUGGAGACAGUCCGCAGCCAGCGCGAGACGCGGACGCCAGAGAGAUGGAAGACGUGCGUCGCGCUCGACCUGCCGUUGUUUGCAUUCUGGGGCACAUUGACCACGGGAAAACGACGCUGCUGCGCGCGCUGAAGCUCAAGGCGCUGCUGCGGUUGCAACAGACUCUCGCGAAAAGAACGGCGGAGGAAAAGGCCCCAAAGAAAGGGCGAGAUGGGCCCCGGGUGGCGGCAAUCAACGACGGCCUUGAUGCGAAGAAGCGGGCGAUCCUGUCGGCAGCGGCCGAGGCAGGCGGCAUCACGCAGCGUCUCUCUGCCUUUCAGCUCGUGUACGCAGACUCGCCACUUGCGGCCUCGGCCUCUCCUCUCGCCUCCUCGGUGACUUUCCUCGACACGCCCGGGCACUCCGCAUUUGAACAGAUGCGAGAGCGUGCAGCCUCCGGCGCAGAUUUAGCAGUCCUCGUCGUGGCAGUGGACGAAGGCGUGCAGCCGCAAACCGAGCGAAGCAUCCACAUUUGCCGUGCCGCGAAUAUUCCCAUUGUUGUCGCGCUGACGAAGCGCAGCCGGCUGUCGUCUGUAUCGUCUCUUUCUUCUCCCUUUUCCUCCUCGGACUCUCCUCUGUCUUCGCCUCCGGUUAUCCGGGUUCUCUCCCAGCUGGCUGAACACGGCGUGGUGACGGAACCUCUCGGCGGCGACGUGCAAGUCGGCCUCGUCGACGCAAAAGUGUUUCUGGACAAGUUUUCGGAGAAACAAAAACGAAGACAGGGCGGCACUGUCGAGCAGGGACGCUGCGAACCGGCGACAGGCUCCAAACGAAGACGGAAUGGUGCAGAGAUGCGGAGCAAAAUGCUUCAAGAGCGAAGCCCAGAGCUCAAGAUGGACGGCCAGCAGAGACUAGCAGAACGAGGAGAAGACGAGAUAGGGGAAGACGAGAUGGACGAAGACGGGGAGGGAGAGGUAGAGGAGGAAGAAGAGGAAGGCGCGAACGAACAGACUGAUGAUUUGGACGAUCUAAUUGAGAAGAUUUUCCUCCAAGCAGAACUGCUAGAGUUGAAAUCGAGUGUCGCUUGCCCUGGCGAAGGCCUCGUCAUGGAGUCCUUUGUAGGAAAGGGAGUUGGAGGCUGUGCCUCGAUUCUCCUAAAGCGGGGCUCUGUCCGGAGAGGCGCGACGGUGUUGGCUGGGCCGUCUGUGUGUCGCGUGCGGCGCCUCUGUCUCCGCGGCACGUGCGGAGCAGAGCGCGGCCGCCUGGAGACGCUCAGAGCGGCUUCGCAUGCGUCGGGGGGAGGCAAAAAGAGGAGCCGCCGAGCGCUCGAAGCCCACGCCGAGGCAUCCCUCGACAGGGCUGUGGCUGCUCACUCUGGACACGAGAAAGGAACAGAGACGGAAGAGAUCGAAGUCGACAUCGGCUUCGCUGGCGAGGUGCUUGAAGUCUGCGGGUUUCCGUCCGAAAAUUUGCCCCUUCCUGGAGAGACGUUUGUUGUUAUCAACAGCGAAGCCGACGGACGACAACUGGCUGAAUUGAGCAGGCGAAAGCGGCAACGCUCGGAAGACAUGCGACGUGCGCGGGAGGCGAAGAUGCGCGUCCUCGACCGUCUGCUUCAUGGAGAGGAUGAGGCUCUUACUCUCCCCGUUGUGAUCAAGGCCGACCAGCAGGGGACCGCUGAGGCCCUCGCGUCGGCGCUCGCUGGGCUUUGGGCUCCAUCGCCCAAGGCCCCCGCUUCGACUGCGGUCGGCCUCGCCUCUGACUCUGCGUCAGAGACGGUCUCCGGCGUCUCCUCAGUUUCGUUAGACGGAGACAAACCCGGGGUCGGAGGAUCUGCCGAUGAGACAGCGGGAUGGCCCGUCGCGGUCGGCGGCGCCGAAACUGACGGGGGCGCUGCCGCCUCCGCGACCUCACAGACGGGGACUGUCUCCUCCUCGACGGCGACAGAGCCCGACGCGGUCGCAAGAGCGAUCCGAGACACGUGGACACGCCGCCUUGAGUACGAUGAGGGGCGUGGUCAGCGGAAGAAGCGCGAGGAAGGCGAGACGAAAGGAGAUACCUCAAGGGCGCAAGACGAGAGUCCGUCUCGAGAGGCGAGUGCAGUCGCGGAAGGAAAGCUGCGCGAGGCGUCUCCGCUGGCCGUCUUUCCGCGCCAAGGCGCAGCAGACCCAGCUGCUGACGCGGACAGUGAAGCCGGUAGAGACUCGAUAAGCGCACAGAGGGCCGUAAGAGCCUCUCCUGCCUCGUCAGCAUUUGGUCCUGCGUCGUCCGACUGGUCGAUGGACAGCGCUCUCAGGCACCGCGUAGGCGAGGAGCGCCAGUCGUUGGAGGGGCGAGGAAACACGGGGCGACGAACCGUUAAGAUCCUCUCUGCCAAGGCGGGCGUUGUGUCCAUCGAAGAUGUGCAGGCGGUCGCUGUCUCGCGAGAGAAAAACAAACGCGGAAACGAGGCUGAACCAAAGCGCUGGAAGCACGGAGAAGCUGGGGCAGUUGUCGCCUUUGCGACGCCCGUCUCCAAACAAGUCAAGGAAGAAGCCGCAUUGCAGGGGGCGACGCUGGUGGUGGCCGAUGUCGUGUACGACGCCGUCGCGCAAGUUGAAGCGAUUUUGAGGCGCAGACAUUUGCUUCGCCCGGAUGAAGACGAGAAACGCGGUGAGGGGGAGAAGCCUGCGAAGAGCCAGGCGCUCUCCUCGCCCUCUACAACCGGAGAAAAGAACAAGGGAGGCGACGCAGAGCGAGAAGACGGCGGUGGUAAAAAGGAUGUAGGACUGAAACCCUACGCGGGAAAGGCGAUAGUUAAAGCCCUCUUCCACCUCAAGACUGGCCUCGUCGCGGGCUGCAGCGUGGAGGAAGGCGAGGUGAAUCUUGGGGCUGUCGUGCAAGUCAUGCGCGACGGCCGUCUCAUCCACGAGGGAUCUCUCGUCUCCUUGCGAGUCGGUCCAGAAGCCGAGACGACGGUUCGAGGUCCGGGGACCGAGUGCGGGGUGAUGCUCGACGGGGCGUUCUCGGACCUGGCAGUUGGGGAUGUUUUGCAUUUCAGCCCAGCAGCGAAAGAAGGGAAACGGAAGAAGAAGUAG